AAAGAUCCAACUCUAUCAAGAAAAUUUCCAACGGAAAGUCCAAGCUGAAAGAAAGGAAUGAGGAGAUUGGGGUACCGCUGAAUGCCUCCCCAAAAGGUGCAGGUGGUGGCGCCACUGCUGCUGCCGCUGGAGGUGUUGAUAAAUCAAAUGGUGCUACUAAAUCCCAGAACAAAGCGUACUUGCUAGAAGUUCCAAACGAAAUGUCUAAGCCUGAAACCCAAUCAAAAACUUCCAUGAGAGAUUUUAAAUCUUUAACGGCCUCCAAGAUCAUACAUGUUACAAGUAGCCAGAUAGAAUUCUUCAAAAUGUUGGACGAGAAGAUAGAAAAGGGCGCUGAAUAUCUGACAUCUGGGGAGCAAUCAGAAGUUUCCUCUGUUGAUGAGGCUUUCAGACAUUGAUUUUAUGACAGCUGACCUUGAACUUUGGGUGUAAUAUAUUCAGAGGAUAAGGUCAGCGUAACAUGACCUGGAUUUUAAACAGAUGAUUACUUAUAUAAACAAUUUCUGAUUCAGUAUAGCAGUGAAAUUUUUAAUACAAAAAUGCUAAGAUGGUGACUUAAUCAGGCCAUUAAUUGUGUACUUAAUUAAUAUACACACUGAUAAACAAGAUGCUCUGCAAUAUUUAAAUUCACGGAUGUCGUCUUUGUGGAAGUCUUGAACACAUUGGACAUGGGAAUGACAGUGUUCAGUCAAACAGCAAUGUUAUACAUCCAAAGUUUUCUCACUGGAAUUUGUUCUUGGAUAUUUUCAACAAGGCUGUACUCUGUUGCAUAGUUUGUAUUGCUGUAUAAUGCAAAAAGGUUAUGUAAAUAAAAACAAGGAUCUGGACUGUAAUACGAUUGGAUAAUUUUAUUUCUUGUGAUUGGAUGGUCAAGCUUGGUUCAUGCAGUGACAUCUAGGGGGAAAAAAUCACAUUUUAUUCUGUUACUUUGUGGUGACUUAGAUGUCAUACCCAUUGCCAUAGCAACUUAAAAAUCUCUCAUAUGGGACCUUUAGCAUAAUGACUGUAAAUACUAAUCUACAUAGUGUGAAAGGAUUCAGGGUACAGAUCAAGUUGUUUAAAAGAAUGCAGUGCUUGUAAAAGAUUUGUUCAGUAAAUCCUUGCUUGAAAUUUUUAAACUACAUUAAACCAAUGAGUGUUGGAAAGCUCAGUUGUUGGUUGUUGUUUUUUUUUAUAUCUGCUCCCAUUCACCUAGACCCCCCCCCCACCCCCAACUGCACUUUAAAAUUUAUGGUGAACUAGUUAAAAAAAAAAGAGCUUGUCACUUUCUCAAUUUUUUUUCAAAAAUAUUUUUAAAAUCCCCCUUUUUUAUGAGCAGAAUUUUUUUUUCAUUUAAAAAUAUAAAACUAAAUAAAAUGGUAGCUUACAAUUUUUCUAGGAAUAUCUUUGUCUUAUCAGGGAUGUAAAUAUAGUCUAUAAAUCAUCAGCACCAUCCUUGUUCAAAUAGAAUAGCCGGGUGUAAAAGAAAUGUGAUACUUUUAUUGACUCUGGUCCUGGGGGGGCUCAGAGCCUUAACUGGUACAAGUGUAGGAAUUUUAAGCCUUUGUUCUCAUUGUAACUGAGGUAACACUUCACUGUUAGAUUGUUCUUAUCUUAACUGAGGUCACACUUCAAUCUUAGUGCCUUGAGUGCAGCACUAGAUACCAUUAUUUACACAGCACACAUAAAAAAGAUAAAACUUUAAAUAAUUGUUUAUCAUUUUUAAUUAGUCCUUUAAAAGCACUUGUUAAAAUCCUUUGUUUUUAAUAUUAUACAAUGUUUUUAAUUAGCUUAAUUACCAAAUCAGGUUAUUUGACAUGCGUGCAAUGUAUAUUUUAAUUUUUAAACAAUUAUCUGUAAUGUUUCAAUUGAUAUUUUUUAGCUUGGAUUUAUUGUCAGUUUUGCUGGGUUGUCUGAAUUGAGAAAAUGUGGCAUCAUGACAUUUUACCUUUGUGAGCUUUACUUGUACACAUCAAUGCUUGUUGUUGAUCAUCAUGGGGAAAUGUUAAUUUUUUUCAUGGUGAUAGUAUUCUUUUUUUUUGGGAUAAGACACAAAUUUAUCUGGCCAUAUUUUAAGGUACGGGAAGUGGAUAUAGGCCUACUUUAGAUAGGUCCAUAGCCCAUACUUUUUGAAGUUUAAAAUAAAUCUAAAUGCUGUUUACUUCUUUGGGCCAGAAAAACAUUUUUUUUUUGCAGUCACUUAGUCAUUAAGUUCUAUCUCAUUCCCACAUACUAAAAAAUAUCAUGUGCCACAAACAUCAAAAUCCAUUCAAAUUAACUAAAACAAAGGAUUAAAAGUUCUUUCUGCAAGGAUUAAAAUUAUGGAACCCUAAAAAAUUUAUCUUUAAAAUUUCUCAAAGGAAUAUUUACUUUUUAAUGUAGAAAAAACUGUCACUAUUGAAGCAAGUCAAAGUCUAAGCUCAAGAAUAAAAUUUUCUGUACGAUUUACAUAAAAAAUGCUGUAUUUUAUCAUUAUUUUUAACUUUCUGGUUUAUUUUUAUUCACUUAAAAUAAAAUUUAAUACAGUAUCCUUAUUUUAAUUUGUUAAAAAAAAACAUGAGUCCGAUAGAGCAAGAGGCCCAAGAGAAAACAAAGAUAAAGCACUGUGCAAGAACAUUGUGAAUGGCAUUGCUGAUGCAUGAAAAUUGUUUCACUUUUAAAUCUGGCAAGCGAAGUAAUUUAUUUUCUGGUCACAUUCAAGGAAAGAUUUUUUUGGCAUUAAAUUAUCAUUUUGCACCCCUGGCCCAAGUGAGUUAUUUCCCCUUGAAACUAUUUUUCUUGUGCCUUUUUUUUUUUCGAACUUAAUUUUAAUUUAAUCUGAAAUCAAUCAAUUUAAGAAGAAAAAAAAUCCCAUGCAUCACUUAGCCACAGGGCGUAUAGUUAAACCUGCAUUUGUACUAAAACUUCAUUCUGAUCACAUUAACAGCAUGAAUGUGUUUUUAUUCUGCAAUAAUAAAUUUAUGUAAUAAAUAUUUUCUCAGCUUUCAUAUGAAUUAUUUCCCUUUAAGCACUUUAAAUGCAGCAAUGGGGAUAAAUCUUGUGAUAAUGUAUAGUUACAAUAUAUCAGUGUAUUUUAUGAUUGUAUUUCUACACAUUUGUAUGCUGGCUGUGUAUGUAUGUGUGCAUCAGGUGGUAUUUGUUUCCAGCCUAAAGUCCUGUCUUUCUUGAUGAAGCAGUACAGCAAAAAGUAAAUGAUAAAUGUUUACCCCACACUCCCUAAAAAAGACCAUGUGCUUGACAGGUGUAUAAUAAAUGUAGGCCAAACUAGAAUCUUCUCUACUUGGAGAUGUUCCAACCUGGUAGUUUAAAAAAUUCCACAGGAAUUGUUCAUAACCUGUUCAUAAAGUAUUUUACUGUAUACUCUUUUAAAAAUUUUGUUUUUAUUGUUAUGACUAACAUUUCCUGCUUAAAGUAGUUCAAGAUUCAAAACUUGUAAGAAGUUUUACUGACCACAGUACAUGCAUGUAAGAAAAGAAAUUAAAACUGAGCAAUGUGCAUUUAUUGAGGUAGAACAAUGGCAUGAAGGUCUUAAAAUGCCUUUACUUAAGCAGUUGCAUAGGGUUGUUAGGGGUCAGAGACCCUCUCCACCUUAAUCCACCAUAAAAUGUAUCAAGUUACGCUGUUAUUUGCAACAGUAUGCUAAAAAUUUGUAAGUUUUCUUUCUUGGUAUAAUAACCCGCAUCAUUGUGAGUGGUUGUCGCGUUAAUUUCCUUUAGUCAGCAGAAAAAUUACAACACUCCCACAAUGUCAAGUAUGUGUCAACACACUAUACACAGCAAGUUAGGUAAUUUGUCAGUACAAUUACAAGCUAUCCCCACACUUUAAAACUCACACAGGUAAACAAAUGUUUUUUAAAUCUAAUGUAGAGGAGCUACUGGGGGUAAGAAUUAUAUUACAAAGAUGUACUUAAAACUCAGUUAAAACAAGCCAGAUAAAAAUCUCUCCAUUGAUGUAAAUUUUUGUGGUUGACCAGAAAGUGAUGAAUGAUCAAGUGUGGUGUGUCCUAUGUGUAGUACACUAGAAAAAAUGGCAGAUCUUUUGUUUUGUAAUUUUUAAUUCAGUUUUUUUAUUUACAUGGCAAAUGUUAAAAAGUUUUGAGUAAUAAAGCUGUCCCAAAAUGUU